AAGGCGUCCGAGUUGAACCGAGCGGCGCCUGGCGGCGGUGGGAAGAGGCGCCGAGGCUUGAUAUAGCCGGCGAGGCGGCUGAUGCUGUCAGACCGCCUGGCGGCUGGAUGCUUGGCUAGGGCUGGUGCGGACCUAGUGGUUGCUGGAGCCGGCACAGUGUGCUGCACGUCAUGGAAGUCCUACCGUGUCCCGUUUACGUGGAUUUCUCCAGUCUUGGAGGUUGUGGGCAGGCGGUGGGGCCUGAUGAGGCGGAGAGCGCGGAGGCGAGAGACGCGCUGUCGCGGCGCCUGGAGGCGGAGCUGCGUGCGGCGCGCGGGGGCGGCGCUGGGGGCGGCAUCGCGCUGCCCCCGGCGCUGCUGCUUACCGCCGCCGAACACGUCCUGCAGAUGGCCACCACAGAGCCCUACGGUCUUAGGGGCUGCACGCUGUACGUGGACCUGGAGGCGGGGAAGCAGCCGGCAGAGAGGAUACGACUGGCGACUGUGAAAUGUGCCCCGGACACGCUCACCACCUUCGAACUCUUCCUUACUCUGCGCCAGGAAACCUCCUGGAAGGCUGCCUUACCGCAGUUCCUCAAGAACCUGACGAGCAACGGCGCCCUCCUGCUGAGCAACGACUUCACGCUGAAGAAGAAGCGCCUCUUCCGGACGUACGCCGAGUGAGUCACCGUGCCCUAUCUGGACCUCCUCAGGGGGCAUCGGCCGGCAACAACCGUGUCGGGGACGCGGCUAACGCAAGUUCCUUGGCUGGGUGGGCAGCCUCUCAAGCCCGCAGGAAUUUUUUUUUUUCGUACCUGAUACACUGCAUCGGCGCACCUUUUCGAUAUGUGUACCUGUGACAAUGUAGGUUGCUGUCUUUGUUGUCGCACAGUGUAAAUGAGAAUUCAGUGAAGGUAACAUUACUACCUUCGCGGUAUAAUAAAUCUGAAAAUUUCUUUCAAUAAACUUAUUAACAUAAGAAUACAUUUAUGAAAUAAUGUGUGUACUGAGGGCCAAAAGUCACGGGAAGGUACUGGAUGUGAUGUCAGUCGUCGAUCGCUGAAGCUCAUCCUCUGCACCAGUCUCUCUGUACAGCCCUGGUAGGAAUGGGUUCCUGACUCCCCUCAUUCAAAUAGGCGACCAUGUGACGCACAGUAGAUCGACAUUGAUGUCUGUUCGUCAAACGCUUGCUGUCGCCCGGUGCAGUAGUUUACGCGUAUAGGAACACUGUCUCUUCCAUGGUUCAAACGGCUCUAAGCACUACGGGGCUUGACAUCACACACAUCCAUGCCCGAGGCAGGAUUUGAUCCAGCGCGGUUCCGGACUGAAGCGCCUAGAACAGCUCGGCCACAGCGGCCGGCGUCUCCUCCAUGUUGAAGUUCUAUCCUAGACAUUGUAAGCCGAACUCUUGAUUACUAUCAGACAUAGUACGAAGCGUGCCUCUUGCACCGGGUGUCGUACCACGUUCGAAGUCGGUUAACUCGCGACGUGCUGUCAUAUUCACCACAAACCUGCGUGUAACAGACUUCUUAGUUAUCGUGUCUACACUAGGCCAUAAGCUGCAUCUAGCUGCUGCAUUUGAACGUGACUUUUGGCCACUCACUUUAGUGCGUAACUAGCUUAGUGAAACCAAAAUUUUAAAUAUUGUAAUCUCCGCUCUGUUGAAGCAUUAUUAUUUACUCGUAUUUUGCUUUUACUCUCAUGUCAUAAUGUUGUGUGAGACGUAUCAAGAGACGCAUCAAUGUUUUGAAAGAGAGUGUGUGUAUGGAGUCUGAGUACCGGUAUGUGUUUGAACGUUUCAUGUGUUGUAAGGAUAAAGACUGAUGUAAUACGAAAUAUAUUUGUAUUCAUUUUCCACUGUACGGUCGAUUUUAAGGACAGUUCACCUUUUACUUUGUUUUACGUACUGUGGAUGAAGUUUUUGCUCAAUAAUUGUUUGAUGUUAUUUAGUGCCAAAGAGUAAUGCAA